GUUAAAAAUAUUCAUAUGAUCUGCAGACUUUUUUUCUUCUAAUAAUUCCUAUCUUUUUUCUCAUAAAAAGCAUUGACCUACUUUUCCUAAUCACCACCACCUUGCCUUUAAGGACUCGUUUCCCUGCCUUUUCUCUCACCUUCUGUGUCUCUGUAUGAAACAAAAUCUUUCUCCCUCCCAACCCUCCACUCAGUUCAAGAAAAUCAAAAAGGCAUGUUUGGACAUCAGGAUAUAGUUUUUGUAUUUUCCCAAAGAUAGAUUAGAGGAGAUAACAAAGGUGAGAGCAGAGGUGGAGGCUUCUUCUCAAAUGGGAAGGAAGCAUUUCUAUGGUCCAACUCCUGGGAUAACCUUAAACACAGUAACCCCUUGUGCUGCAUGCAAGCUUUUGAGAAGAAGGUGUGCUGAAGAAUGCCCUUUCUCUCCUUAUUUUUCACCACACGAGCCUCAAAAGUUUGUAGCCGUUCACAAAGUGUUUGGUGCAAGCAAUGUCUCCAAGAUGCUUCUGGAGGUACCAGAGGGCCAAAGAGCUGAUGCAGCAAAUAGCCUUGUUUACGAAGCUAACUUGAGGCUGAGAGAUCCUGUAUAUGGAUGCAUGGGUGCAAUAUCAACUUUGCAGCAACAAGUUCAAUCCUUACAAGCAGAACUGAAUGCAAUAAGGGCAGAGAUACUAAAAUACAAAUAUAGAGAGGCUGCAAGUCUCAUUUCUUCUAAUCAUGCAGCUUUGGUUUCUUCAGCUGAUGCAAUCUCAGCAGCAAUUCCCACAAACUCACAACCACAAGGUCUUUCUCAACCUCUUACUCCUCCUCCUCCACCAAAACCAUUGCAUACUCAUCCACUAAAACCAUUGCAUUCUCCUUCUGUUAUCCUUUCAUCCUUCUCUUCAUCUUCAACUUCUUCUGUGUACACUCCUCCUAAAAGCUCAAUGAGCCUUGGAUCCAUUUCCAGCACUGAAAAUGUCCCAUACUUUGUUUAGGUCCAUUUCUUUACUAUUCAUUUGAGUAGGAAUAAUCAUGUUUUUCUCAACAGAGUAGAAUGUAUCACUUGGCCAUCUAGAGCUAAUUAUGGGAAAGGGAAACCCCCAUUAUUCAUGUGCUUUUAGUGGUAUUUUCUACUCUUUUGAUGUUCUUUUUCACAAACAUUAUCAUUAUGAUUUUUACUUUUA